AUGGUGAGUGUGGGAGUCAACACAGAGCCAUGCCAUGCCAGGUGGGAGAUAGAGACAGAUGAAGUUGUCCUGCAUCGGCGCCAAAAGCAGAUAGAUUAUGGCAAGCGCACACCUGGCUACCGGUGCUUUCUACAGCAGGUCCCCAAGACACAGCGACAGCCAGGCCUUCACCCUCAAACACCAAACAAGAACAGGAGGUACAGCCGUCGGUCCUGGGAUGCCCAGAUCAGGCAGUGGAGAAGAGCCCUACAUUCCUGGGACCCACCCAGCUGCCCUGUGCAGGGCAAGAGAGCUCCAGGGCAGGAAAUGGAAAAUCUCUUUGCUCCAGUGGACUCCACCCCUUUGGAUAACCUUCUGGAUGACUGGCUCCAGGCCCUGGAACCUUCAGAGAAUUGGGAUGGAGACCAGAUACACAAAAUGGAAGGGGAAGGAAAGCGGCAAGAGAAGGCUUCUUAUACUUUUUCAGUGCCUGAGAAAGAGGAGGCCCCUGGUGGAGCUGAACUCCAAGUACAUUCAGAUGUGAUCGUGUGCUCUUCCUUGUGUCCUCCUGAAGUGGGAAUGGAAUAA